AUGUCCGCGAAAACUGCUCCCCUUCCUUUGGAACAGGCGCCCAACAAUGUGGACAAACCAAAGUCAACAUCGGCUGUGGGACAAGGUGAAGACACUCCAGCUUAUGCAGUUGUACAAGCCCAUGGGUUGCUCGACACGUCCUAUCGCAAGGAGAGCUUUGAUGAAAUAUUCGAGUCGUACGACCUCGAGCCAAACUCGAGUCUCGCAAACGACUUUUACAAACGAAUGUUGUGGGGUGUGUAUUGGACCCCUGGCUGUGGCUACAUGUCAUAUGCAGCGUUCAACACGGAAGUGACAGUGCCACCAGGUGGAAUCUGCCGCUUUAUCGACGGCGAAAACAGGUAUCUCUUUGCCAAGCCUGGGAUCCACAACAUUACGGAUCCAUUCCUUCAAAAAGUAGGGGCUCCCGUGUUGCUUGGAACUCCCGCAGGCGACGCUCGUCGCAACCGUGCAGACCCAACCAAUGUGCUGGUGCAUGGGAACCGUACCAUUGUCAUUGUCCCACAAGGCAAGCUGGGAUAUGCGGUGGAACGAGGACAACCAGUGCUGCUUCCUCCUGGACUUCACAGCUGGACUAAUGCCGCUUUGCAAUACGAGGCAUUGUACGACCUGGACAAUCGCGUCAUUGAAAUUGGUCCGUACACCAUUCUCACUGUGAACGAAGGGUAUGCGGCCAUUACACAAAACAACGGCUCUCAAGUCAUCUUGGAUGGAGGGGCAACUCAUUUAUUGAACCAUGCCAAGUGGAAGUUUGAAAAGUUCAUUACCAAAAAGAUCCAGACCAGUGACUUGAAGGAAAUUGAGACUAUCAGCGCCGACAACAUCAUCAUGUCGGUUUCGAGCACAGUCGUCUGGCAAAUCCAAGAUGUGAAGGUUGCUGCGACAAGGGCUGCAGAGACCAUGGCAGCCGCAGGUCAGGACAGCAUUUCUGCCGACAUUACCAAGCUUCGCAGUGAUCUUCUCAAGCAAGCAGUUGCAUCUUUGGCUGCCUUUAUUGGUUCCGUCAACUACUCGGACUCCUUUCACCAUGCUGCUGCAGCCAAGCGCAGGAUGGAAUCCAAGGAGGAAUCUGGCUUGCCAGCAGGAGAUGCAGAUGAGCCAGAAUCAGAAAUGAGAGACGAGGCGCAAACCAACAAAAGGAGCGAGAACAACCCCAUGUUUGAUACGGAACGAAUGGCAGCGACUGUGGCCCAGGCCAAUCAAGUCACGAGCAAGUUCGGAGUCCAAAUCUUGAGCAUCAACGUAAUUUCCGCCAACCCUGUGGAUAGCCAACUGACAGCCUCCUUGGCAUCGGGUGCGGUUGCCAGUGCCAAAGCACUUGAAUCGGAAACCAAGGCUCGGGGAGAAGCCAAGGCCAUGAAAGUUGCCGCGGAAGCAGAGGCUGUCACUCGCAAGAUCACUGCGGAUUCGGAAGCCAUUGCUACCAUGGUUCGGGCCAAAGCGGAAGGAGAUGCAGAAAGGAUCCGUGCCGAAGGAUCCAAGGCCGCCGAGAUUCUUCGUGCCCAGGGAUCGAGGCAAGCCGCGGAGCUGUUGCAGAGUUCGGAAGUUGCGGUUCAACUGGAACGACUGAAGAUGUCUUCCGCGGCAAUCAAGCCCUCGGACAAGUUUUUCUUUGGGCAGGAACCCGCCUACAUGUCCAAUGUUGUCAUGCGAGGACCGGGAUCUCCCAUGUUGGAUUGUAUUGAGGAGGCAACGUGA